UUGAGAAGCUGUUCAAACAGAUCAGUUAUGGUCUUCUUGGCCACCACAAAGUGUUUCAAGGGGGAAAAGUCCCCCCUGGCUGAGUCGGUGCGUCGAAGUAGGGGGGCCGCGGCCAUGGCGACUGAAAAUAUACACAGUGGUCACAGAAGGUCAAAGUAACUACUGUACUGUCCACAACAACGGUGAAACUGGAUUUCAACAUGACAGCCAUUGUGCCAUAACUUGUGGAAGCAUGUUAUGGGAUGGAUAAACAACAACAAAGCUCUAGUGUCAACUGUCUUAAUUGUGUGUGUAGAUGGCCUCUAAUGACCCUGCUGACCCCUCUGGCGACCCCCAGCCUGGGGACCUCAUUGAGAUCUUCAGGCCAGCCUAUCAGCAUUGGGCGCUCUACCUGGGAGAUGGUUAUAUCAUCAACUUGACGCCUGUUGAUGAGAGCCAGGCUGCCGCCAUGUCCAGUGUAAAGUCUGUCUUCAGCCGGAAGGCAGUGGUGCGCAUGCAACUUCUGAAGGAGGUGGUGGGAAGUGAUUCGUACCGUGUCAACAAUAAGUACGACCACAACCACACGCCCCUGCCUGUCUAUGAGAUCAUCCAGCGAGCGCAAAUCCUGAUUGGCCAGGAGGUGUGCUAUGACCUACUGGGGAGUAACUGCGAGCACUUUGUCACCUUGCUGCGCUACGGAGAAGGGGUGUCUGAGCAGGCGACAAGGGCCAUCGGGGCCAUCAGUUUGGUCACAGCAGCAGCAAGCGCCUUCUCUGUCCUGGGACUGAUUAACACUCGAUCCAGAAACAGGCCCUUCUGACAGCUUUUGUGCAGCUUCUGCAUCAAGAUAUUUUCUAUGAAAAGUCAGCAGCCUCACCAUGGGUUGUGGUUGAAGGGAAUCAUGAAUAAAAUGAAAUGUAUAAUAUCACAACACUUUUUUGGACAUCU